AGGGUAUAAUUCGGUGUUAUGUGAAUAAAGUUUUUAUCUGAUCAAAGAGAUAUUGGUUCUUAUCUGCUGUGAGGUUCUUCAUACCCAAGUAAACAUGCUUAAGGUCCCAGAUCAUCAGGUUGCAGGACACCAAGCUGGUGAUGGAAAGCUUGGUUCCCUGAUAGACGAUUCAGGGCGCUUCUACAAGCCUCUCCAGGGUGAUGAACGUGGUUCCCGGGAGGUUACCUUCUAUACGUCAUUCUCUUCCAACACAAGGAUUCCAGAUCAUAUUCGCAGAUUCUUCCCCGUCUUUUAUGGCACUCAGCUUAUUGAGGCAUCUGAUGGAUCUGGCUUGCUACCUCACCUUGUUUUGCAAGAUCUUGUCUCCGGUCGCCUCAACCCGUCGAUAAUGGACAUUAAGAUUGGCUCCAGAACCUGGGCCCCACAAGCAUCUAACGACUAUAUUGAGAAAUGCUUGAAGAAGGACAGGGAAACCUCGAGCCUCCCACUUGGAUUCAGGAUAUCAGGAUUGCAAAUCUAUGUAAGCAAGGAACUUGGAUUUUGGAAACCAGAAAGGACAUCUUUCCAGCGUCUUUCUGCAGAUAACGUCAGGUUGGUUCUAAGGAAGUUUGUUUCUUCUAAUACAUCUGCUGAGUCGGAUUCGGAACCAGAUUGCUCCUUUGCGUCAAUUGUUUAUGGUGGUUCCACUGGGAUUUUGGCACAGUUGCUGGAGCUGAAAUCAUGGUUUGAGGAUCAAACUAUAUAUCAUUUCUACUCCUGUUCAGUCCUUUUGACGUAUGAAAAGGAGCUAGCAUUGAAAGGAAGAAUUCCAGGUGCAGAAUUCAAACUUAUUGAUUUUGCACAUGUUGUGGAAGGUGGAGGUGUUAUUGAUCAUAAUUUCUUGGGUGGGCUAUGCUCUUUGAUAAAAUUCAUCUCAGAGAUACUUACGACUCCUGAUGAGUGCACAAGCAAAGCUUCUCCUAAGGACUCAGGGGAAAAUCGGCUUUGGUCUGGUAAUGCUAAUAAUGAAUGAAUUAAUACUAAUUGGUGAGCCCUUUUACCAUAUAUUUUGGCUGCCAGUCAUCUACAAUCCUCUUAUAUGGGUUGUCUGAAUCUAAUUGAUUGUCUUGCUCGGAACUAUUUUUGGUGACUGGAUGUUAAUCUUGUUGAAAUUCAGCUAUUGUUUCAAACAUUUCAAUGAAUUUAGUUGACUAAUGUCAAUCUUUCUGCUAAUGCUGCUAUUGAAAUACUGAGAUUCUUGUUGCUUGCCAAGCGACUAGA